AUGAGGAGGCGCUCGUUAGGGUCCUCAGAAGACGGUGAUCACUCUCCUGUCGAGGCUCCUCAUGUCAACUCACAUCCUCCUCCAGCGCCCGUUGCAGAGGCGCCAACAGCAACAGCGAUAGCGACAGCAACAGCAACAGCGACAGCAACAGCGACAGCAGCUUCAGAGCCCAAGCAAUCUCCGACGCCCACCAGCUCCCAACCGCCGUCACCCACGCAGCUCGAUCGCCGACGCAGCUCUGGCCAGCGACACUCGUCUACCAGGAGUCGGCGGCCCGCAAACGCCAAUUGGAGGCCAUCAGACUCUCGUGAUGGAACAAUAGAGAAUCUGUCUUCGUCAUCCCACUCGACGUCGCCCUCGCUGCACUAUCUUGGUCCGCCCGCGAAUGGGGCCAACGCGAAAGAGAUGGAGAAGGCGCAGGAAUCCAGAUUUGUAGGGCGCCGCCCGCCAAUGCGAAGUCCCUGGGCCAUCACCUUUCUGACAAUCGUCGCCUCGGUUGUUGGCAUUGGUUUCCUGUUCGCCGUCGUGAAUUCGUCCGCGACGCGACAGCUCGAUCCCAAGGGCUGCCGAAUGUCGUACAUGCGGCCUUCAUAUGCCAGACUCGAUGACUUCGACACGGAACACACACGUUUUGCGAGUAAAUACUCGCUCUACUUGUAUCGCGAGCAGGGCAUAAUGGACCAUGACACCAAGGUCCGCGGCAUUCCUGUCCUCUUCAUCCCAGGCAAUGCCGGUAGCUACAAGCAAGUCCGGCCCAUCGCCGCCGAGGCCGCGAACUACUUCCACGAUGUCUUGCAGCACGACGAGGCUGCUGUUAGGGCCGGUGCUCGGACUUUGGACUUCUUCACUGCUGAUUUCAACGAGGAUAUCACGGCUUUUCACGGCCAAACCCUUCUCGAUCAGGCCGAAUAUCUGAACGAGGCAAUCCGAUAUAUACUGUCGCUCUACCUCGAUCCGCGCGCGUCUGAUCGAGAUCCGGACCUCCCGGACCCGACGUCGGUCAUAGUACUAGGUCACUCCAUGGGGGGCAUUGUUGCUAGGACAAUGCUGAUCAUGCCAAACUACCAAUCAAACUCAAUCAACACCAUUCUCACCCUGUCUGCCCCUCAUGCGCGGCCGCCCGUGUCAUUUGACGGACAGAUUGUCAAAAUCUACCAGGAUAUAAAUGAUUACUGGAGGCACGCCUACUCACAGCAGUGGGCCAACAACAACCCCCUGUGGCAUGUGACACUCGUGUCCAUUGCGGGCGGCGGCCUAGAUACCGUCGUUCCGUCCGACUAUGCCAGCGUCGAGUCUCUGGUGCCGGACACGCAUGGUUUUACCGUUUUCACCUCGACUGUGCCCACCGUUUGGACGAGUAUGGACCACCAUGCGAUUCUCUGGUGCGACCAGUUCCGGAAAGUUGUUGCGCGCGCCAUUUAUGAUGUUGUGGACGUCAACAGGGCCACACAGACGAAGCCCAGGGCGGAGCGGAUGAGAGUCUUCAAAAAAUGGUUCCUAACCGGCAUGGAGGCGGUGGCGGAAAGAACGGCACCUCUCAAAGAGCCUUCCACUCUACUUACUCUGGAAGACAGCCCGGACUCGAUUACUGCAGAGGGAGAGCGUCUAGUUCUGCGUCGGCUAGGAGCCAAUAGCACGGCGCGAGCCCAUCUGAUGCCCAUUCCUCCGGCGGGCUCACCGUCCGUACGCUUUACUCUUUUGACGGAUCUGAAGCUGGACAGCGCUGCAGAAAACGGAAAGCUAGAGGUUUUGUUCUGCAGCAUAUUUCCCUUGCAGCCCGGAGCAGCUGGAGCGGGAUUCGCAGCCCACAUGGAUCUGUCGGGAGAGGGCACCGAAUCCACAAGGUUCGCCUGCAUCAACGCGGUCUCUGACGUCGUGGUGCUACCUACCUCCAGUCCGUCGACUCGGCAUCCCUUCACUACCGACGGGGAGAGGGAAAUCUCGCCGUUUUCAUAUCUCCAGUAUGAGCUCGAAGAUAUCUCGGAACACCAGUUCGUGGCCGUGGUCGAAAAGGCGACCAGUCCAACCGCAGGAUUCGUAGUUGCCGAAUUCAGUGACCACUCGCAGUCGCACCGGACGAGGCAUAUUAGCAUCCGUCGCUUGCUGGCGUUUGGCAUGAAGCUGCGUCUUCCCUCUGAACGACCGAUGGUAACUGAGAUUAAGAUACCAUCUGUGCAGUCGAGUUUGCUGGCAUAUAAUCUGGAGGUCGGCAGCCAAGCAUGCACAAAUGAGGCAGAGCUGUUCUCCCCGCUAGUGAGACAGUAUCUGGCAGAACCAUACGAGUCCAAAUUCUUCGUCAAUGCACGCCAAGUCACAGUCAGCCUCCACGGCGUUGCGCCGUAUGUGCCUCCUUCCAUCAGAAGGAGAUCAGCCGAAAAUGGCCUGAGCUUUCAGUUCUGGACAGACCCGACUUGCGCCUCCAACAUCCAGGUCAGCCUGACCGUCGAUGUCAUGGGCAGUUUCGGAAAGCUCUAUAUGCGUUACCGCACCGUUUUUGCAGCUUUCCCUCUUCUCGUCGUCGCCCUAGUCUUGCGCAAACAGUUUCGCAUCUACGAUGCCUCGGGUAUAUUCAUCUCCUUUUCGGAAAGCUUGGACUUGUGCCUUAGGCAAUCCAUCCCUCUGAUGCUCGUCUCGCUUACGUUCCUGUCUUUGUCCUCGGGGAGUUCCUCCCAGUCAGGGAAUGCGAGCUUUUGGCAUUGGCGGAACAGUACUUCCUCCGCCGUCGACUUUCAACAAAAUGAUCUUUUGAUUGGAACUCAGGACUAUGUGUUUUGGUUCUUGAUUCCGUUAAUUGGUAUCGUUUGCGUUGGAGUCUGCGUACUGCUCAACUACGCCACUCUCGCGCUGACGUACAUUCUGAGCACGGCAUUAAACCUUUUGAGCUUUCGCCCUGGCUGGAUCCGCAACGAGGAGCGAAGGAGACCAUCGGCCUCGUCUUUCUUGUCGUCUUCCCCUCGGCGGCGCAUGAUCACGACGGCUGUCCUGCUGUUUCUUGUUUCGACCUUUAUUCCCUACCAGUUUGCGUAUUUGGUCGCUUGCUUGGUACAGCUGACCACGACGGUUCGAGCCCAAAGGAUUGCCUCGGAGCUGCGGUCAGGCGCGAACUCGAAUUUCUACAACUACGUCCACUCGAUCCUCGUCUUGAUGCUCUGGGUUCUCCCUAUCAACCUGCCGAUACUUGUGGUCUGGAUCCACAACCUAGCGGUCCACUGGCUCACGCCAUUCUCGUCACACCAUAACGUUCUCUCCAUCAUGCCAUUCAUCAUGCUCGUCGAAACUCUGACGACAGGCAAAAUGAUACCGCGGGUCACCAGCCGCUUCAGAUACUUCACAAGCGUCUUGUUUUUCGGCAUCUCGAUCUACGCGGCCGUUUACGGCGUCUCGUACGCUUACAUGCUGCACUACCUGGUCAAUCUAGUUGCCGCCUGGCUCACGAUUGUGCACCUGACGUCGGAUUCUUGGUCUCUCUCAACACUCAACCACCUGUACGAGGGAAAUCCCGACGAUCGGAAGAGAGGCAAGGAGCCUUAA